GUUCUUACGGUUUAUCUCCCUCAAGUGACUGACUGCCUGCACUGCACACCCCUCCCUUGCUUCAGAGACCUCGCAUCUCGCACGCUGCCUCAUCGCCGAUCACCGUAGUGGUUUCUUCGCCGGUAAUCGGUUGCUGAUCCACAUAUAACAUCGUUGCUUCUUCCUUCGUUGAUUUGUCCAGAAUAUCAAAGCAAUAAUAGUCAAGACGAAAACAAGGAGGACAAAGAAGAGACACCAUGGAAACAAGCACCAAAGAAGACUUAGAAAUCAAGAAAGUGGAUUGUGAUGCAUCGGAGAUCGAGUAUGUUAGUUAUGGUGGCGAGCACCACCUCCCCCUUAUCAUGAACCUAGUCGACCAAGAACUCAGCGAGCCUUACUCUAUAUUCACGUAUCGUUACUUUGUCUAUCUCUGGCCUCAGCUCUCUUUCUUGGCAUUCCACAAGGGUAAAUGUGUCGGCACGGUGGUUUGUAAGAUGGGCGACCAUCGAAACGUUUCCAGAGGAUACAUUGCCAUGUUGGUUGUGAUAAAGCCCUAUAGAGGAAAAGGCAUUGCUACAGAACUUGUUACUAGGUCUAUUAAGGUGAUGAUGGAAUCUGGUUGUGAAGAAGUUACUCUGGAAUCAGAAGUUACAAACAAAGGAGCAUUGGCACUCUAUGGUCGCCUUGGCUUUAUUAGGGCUAAGAGGCUCUUUCAUUAUUAUUUGAACGGAGUGGAUGCUUUCCGGCUCAAACUGCGAUUCCCUCGGCCGGAGCUGCACCCAUCUCUGCCUGUGAUGGCAGAUAAAUAUGGUAGUAGUCAUGUACCAAGUGAUCAUGAUAAUUCAGCAUUUGAACAAUGAUUUGAUUCCUUCAAUGCCUGUUUGAGUGUUUGUAAAGAAUCAUAAACCCUUCUUGAGCAUAUUGAUGUAGAAUUAAUUAGAUACCAAGAUUUUUUGUUGGCUCAA